CGACGAAGGUCGCUCGCCAUUUCACACAACUGAAGUAGUGCAAGGUUGUGGGGAUGAGAAUUCUCGCGGAUCUCUGGAACGGCACCGACUACAGGUUUGUGGACAGCACUGCUCGGCGGGUGCAGAGGUGGAUGGUUGAGGAGGGGAUACGCGAUACGAGAGAGCCCGAGGGUGGGCAGCGGCCACGGAUGGACGACGCAGAAAGGGACGAGAUUCAGGACGUCCUCGAUGAGCAGGAGGGGGGCCAGGGUGGGGUCGGCGAGGCGGGGAUGCGAGACGACGCAAUCGGAGGCCCUGACCUGCCAGGGGAGGAGGUAGUCAUAACGGCGAGAGGGGUUGGGCCAGCGGGUCACGCUGCGAGGGCAUCACGACCUGAGUUGGACCGCGCAAGGAGGGAGAAGAGGAAAGUGCGGGAGGAGGAUAUCGAUGUGCGGGACACGAUGAGGGAGAAGAGGGCACGGCAGACGACGAUUGAGGAGAUGUACGACAAGGAGAAGUUGGUCGAGUUCUCAGACGCGUGGCUGUAGUGGAUUUACGUGAAGGGGUUGCCAUUCAACGCCUUCCG